CUCGCACAUUUCACCACCCCACAGGUCGGAAGGAGACUUUGCCAGUCCCUUCAGACAAAAAAACAAACAAACCAAAACACCUUUGAAACAGAGAAGAAAUUAGCCAUUCCUUCAGUGAGAUGAAGCAUGCAAGACAUUUCACCCCAUCUUUCUUUCUCAAUUUCGUGCAUGUCUGUCUGGUCCAGGCCAAUUAUGCCCCGUACUUCUUUGAUAAUGGAGCCAGCAGUACAAAUGGGAACAUGGCACUUCUCAGCCUUUCAGAAGAUACACCUGUUGGUACACAUGUGUACACUCUGAAUGGAACCGACCCCGAAGGAGAUCCUGUGACCUAUGGAAUGACCUGUGAAGCUGGGUCAAGAAGUUACUUUGCCAUUGAUACAAACUUUGGAAAUAUCACCCUGGUUGAGGAGCUAGAUAGAGAGAAAGAAGAUGAGAUUGAAGUUAUAGUCAGUAUUUCCGAUGGCCUGAGUACGGUUGCCGAAAAAGUCCGAAUACUUGUAACAGAUGCCAACGACGAGAGUCCAGAGUUUAUCAACACACCUUAUAUAGUCCAAGUCCCAGAGAACACCCCCUCAGGGAGCAGUAUCUUUAAGAUCGAGGCAGUGGACAAAGACACAGGCUCCGGGGGAAGUGUCACCUACUUCUUGCAGAACAUCCACACUAACAAGUUUACCAUAGACCGACACAGUGGAGUUCUUCGCAUCAAAACAGGGAUCACGCUAGACUAUGAAAAAGCAAGAACUCAUUUUGUCACCGUGGUAGCAAAGGACGGCGGCGGGAAGCUCCGCGGGGACAACAAGGUGUUCUCAGCAACAACCACAGUCACUAUCAAUGUGGAAGAUGUCCAGGACACCCCUCCUAUGUUCAUUGGGAUGCCCUACUAUGGCUAUGUUUAUGAGGACACCCUGGCGGGCUCUGAGGUACUAACUAUCUCUGCUCUUGACGGGGACCGAGGAAAGCCUAACAAUAUUAAUUACUGUCUUGUGAAUGGAAGCGAAGGAUCUUUUGAAAUAAAUACUACGACUGGAGCUAUUUCUGUUAUAAAGAAUCCAAGUAAAUUAAAGAAAGAAGUGUAUGAGCUAAAAAUUCAGGCAUCAGAAAUAAAUCCAGAUGGUGAUGUGACAGCACAUGUUUUUGCCACAGUGAUUAUAAGAGUCGUCGACCUCAACAAUCACCCACCAACUUUCUAUGGAGAAAACGGGCCCCAGAACCGAUUUGAACUGACAAUGUAUGAGCACCCCCCCGAGGGUGAGAUCCUGAGGGGCCUGAAAAUUACAGUCAAUGAUUCAGAUCAGGGAGCCAACGCUAAAUUCAACCUCCGGCUAGUUGGGCCUGGUGGCAUCUUCCGAGUUGUUCCCCAAACCGUCCUGAACGAGGCUCAGGUUACCAUAAUAGUGGAGCACUCUGCUGCUAUAGAUUAUGAGAAGUUCCAGUCAUUAACCUUUAAGCUUCUUGCCAUAGAGGUGAACACUCCUGAGAAGUUUAGUUCAACGGCGGAUAUAGUGAUACGACUCUUGGACACCAAUGACAACGUCCCAAAGUUCUCAUCUGACUAUUACAUUGCCAGGAUUCCAGAGAAUUCCCCAGGGGGCUCCAAUGUAGUGGCUGUAACAGCUACAGAUCCAGAUUCGGGGCUUUGGGGAGAAGUCAAAUAUUCCAUAUAUGGAACAGGAGCUGAUCUAUUUCUGAUCCAUCCAUCAACAGGAAUUAUUUAUACUCAGCCAUGGGCCACAUUAGAUGCUGAAGUCACUGCAAAGUACAACUUCUAUGUGAAAGCAGAAGACACAGAAGGGAAGUAUAGCUUGGCUGAGGUGUUUAUCACUGUGCUAGAUGUCAAUGAUCACUCUCCAGAGUUCAAUGAGAACAUCCAGGAAAAGACUAUGAUCAUUGGAUCACCAGUGAAAAUAGAGGCUAUCGAUCAAGAUGCUGAAGAACCCAACAACAUUGUAGACUAUUCCAUUAUGCAAGCAGAUCCAGCCAAUGUAUUUGAUAUAGACCAAAGCACUGGAGAAAUAAAGCUGAAGUCCUAUAUCAGAUCCCUGGAUAUCAUUCACAACAUCACCAAGAACAAAGACUGUGUAUGGUCUGUGGUCAUUCAGGCCAAAGACCGGGGCUCCCCUUCAUUUAGCACAACAGCAGUCCUGAAGAUUGAUAUCACAGAAGAGACUCUUCACAAAGGGCCUAUGGCCACCUUUUUGAUGCAAACUAAAGAUAACCCCAUGAAAGCCUUAGGAGUGCUAGCUGGUGUCAUGGGCAUAAUGGUGGUGAUCACAAUCAUGAUCUCUACUGCCAUGUUCUGGCGCAAUAAGAGAUCCAACAAAAUCAUGCCGGUGAGACGGAUCAUAAAAAAGAGACAGAUCCAUCAGCCCAGGAGGGGCAAUCCUGCUGAGAAGUUUGCCAUUGAGGAUGACGCACAGAGUCUGCAGAAUGAGAACAGCAACAAUAACGUCCAGGUGCCCUCUCUGCCACCUACUGCCCCGGCCCUGCCUCCUCCCGCAGUGUUAGCGCCCCGGCUAAACCCCACGGAAUGGAGAGUGCCCACAGUGUCGGGCUCCCUCAGCCCCAAGUUUAUAAACAAGCAGUGGAAGAAAAGAGGCUCCAGCAGCACCCACAUUGCCCUGGUGUCAGAGCUCAAACAGAAGUUCGAAAAGCGGAAUACAACCGGCAACAGUCCUCAUAUCUAGUGCAGCUGCAGCAGUGAGACCUGGAGAACACAUAGCCACGCAGUGCAUGGCCUGAUGUGCAUGGUGUGAUGCAUCUUUCCCUUCCCUAUCAAUACCUAAAGAAUUAAAAGCAGUACUCCACCACUACAACCACCCAUUACUUUGCACAGGUAUUACACGCUAGUAUAUUUUGCAAUGGAAUUAUUUCACAUAAAAUAUUGGUGCCAGUUGCUAGACUUUAACUUUGCUCAUUUUUAGAAACUAGUUUCCUGCCGGCACUGUAUGAUCAAGGUGCUAAUUGUCCUGAUGUAGGCUAUGAGGCCAGUGAUUUUGGGGGCAUCCAACUUGAGACUUUUUUUUUUAAGAGGCAUGGUUUUCACCCACAAUGCCAGUUCAUGUCUGUCCUUUGCAGUGCUGGAAGAUAGCUCUCAAGAUGCCUAUAAUUGGGCUCUUCAAAUCACACCACACUUGAAAAUAUUGACCUUCUUGUAGAAACAGCAGUAUGGGAGGUUAUUUUUUAAAGUAAAACAGCUUUGUCAUGAUGUUUUCUUCCAUUUCCAAGCCAAACAUCCCUUCUGAAGAAAAAAAGAAAAGGGCCACUCAUUCUUUCCAAAAACAGUUGGUGAUGGGCCCAAAUAUGGAAAUUGCUCAGCUAUCAGGAGUGGGGCAACCAAAAAUGGUGAUGAAUUUGCCCUGGUCUACACUAGGGAGUUAUUUCAAAAUAACCCCUCCUUAUUUUGAAAUAAUAAGCAGAGC